AUGUCUUCCCCUUUAACAGUAGGAGUCGCAGGCAUAACCGGCAAAUUCGGCCGCCUCAUCGCCUCCAAGCUUCUUGCCAACCCCUCUACCACCGUCCGCGGUUAUGGCCGCAACCUCUCCAAGCUCCCCUCCCCCCUCACCACCUCCGCUCGCGUCCAGCUCUUCCAAGGCGAGGCGUUUGACACCACAACUCUCAAACGCUUCGUCACAGGCUGCGACGUCGUCAUCUGCGCCUACUUGGGUGACGAUAACCUCAUGAUCGAAGGGCAACAAACCCUCAUCGACGCCUGUGAGGAGUCUGGUACUGUCACCCGCUAUGUGGCGAGUGAUUGGUCGUUGGAUUACACCAAGCUCAAGCUGGGGGAGCUGUUUCCCAAGGACCCGAUGAUCAAGAUCAAGGGGUACCUGGACGAGAAGGCUGCCGGAGGGGGCAGAGUCAAAGGGGUGCACGUGCUUAUCGGGGGGUUUAUGGACGCCAUCUUGAGCCAGUUUUAUGGGAUUUGGCACCCGGAAACCAAAAGUAUCAGGUUUUGGGGGGAAGGGACGGAGGUGUGGGAGGGGACGAGUUAUGAGAAUGCUGCUGAGUUUACGGCUGCUGUGGUGGCGGAUCGGGAGGCGGUGGGGGUGAAGAGAUUCCUCGGUGAUCGCAAGACGCUUAACGAGAUCGUUGAGCUGUUUGAGAAGGUGUACGGGUUCAAGCCUGCGCUGGAGAGGCAGGGCUCGCUGGAGGAGCUCAAGGUUUUGAUGCACAAGACUAGGGCGGAGAACCCAGCUGGUUUCUUUGCCUACAUGAGGAUGUUCUACCAGUACUACUGGCUCAACGGGCAGACAUUGGUCGGCCCCGAGACCGACAAUGGCAAGUACCGCGAGAUCAAGGCUGAGAGUUGGGAGGAUUUUUUGAGGAAGAGAAGCCCGGAGGAGCUCGCGCAGGCCAUGUAUGCUUUGGCCCAGUGAGAUUUUGUGGCGAUGACCUCGACAUCAGUUAGGUACCUGAAAUGUAACUAGUCAGGUUAAUUGCUUGUCGUGAU